AACCACGAGGAGGAUGUGGUAAAAAGCAGGAGGGGGUGGGUGACUGUGGUUGAUUGCCUGCAAAGGAGAAGGGCUGGGGGUGGAGCGGUGAAGAUCAGAUAAGAGGUCACUGAAUUCCUGGGGUCACAGGUUAAGGAUUGGGGGGUGGGAGGUUGAAGGCUCCACCCCUUGCAGAGAUUAUAAAUAGGUAGGCUGGGCUUCGGGUUGUGAUGCUUUCGGUGAUAGUCCUCAAGCCUUCUGAGAGCGGCUUCUGUAGGACCCGAGGGACACUUGCUGCCGAGGACAUUGGCUGGAUACCUCUAAAUCUACCUUAAGACUUGAGAACUAGGUUGGGACCAUGGGGACAACGAAGGUGACCCCAUCUCUGGUGUUCGCCGUGACUGUUGCCGCAAUCGGCUCUUUCCAGUUUGGCUACAACACUGGAGUCAUCAAUGCACCUGAGACAAUCCUAAAGGACUUUCUUAACUACACUUUGGAAGAGCGGUUAGAAGACCAACCAAGUGAGGGACUGCUGACCGCCCUCUGGUCCUUAUGUGUGGCCAUCUUCUCUGUUGGUGGCAUGAUUGGCUCUUUUUCUGUUGGACUCUUUGUCAACCGCUUUGGCAGACGCAACUCUAUGCUUCUAGUCAACUUGCUGGCCAUCAUUGCGGGCUGCCUUAUGGGAUUCGCCAAGAUAGCGGAGUCUGUUGAAAUGCUGAUCCUGGGCCGCUUAAUCAUUGGCAUUUUCUGUGGACUGUGCACAGGCUUUGUGCCUAUGUACAUUGGAGAGGUGUCUCCCACUGCCCUUCGGGGUGCAUUUGGCACACUAAACCAGCUGGGCAUCGUUGUUGGGAUUCUGGUAGCUCAGAUCUUUGGUUUGGACUUUAUCCUGGGCUCUGAAGACCUGUGGCCUGGGCUCCUUGGCUUAACCAUCAUUCCGGCUAUCCUGCAAAGCGCAGCCCUUCCAUUUUGCCCUGAGAGUCCGAGAUUCUUGCUCAUUAACAAAAAGGAGGAAGAGCAAGCUACGGAGAUCCUGCAGCGGUUGUGGGGCACCCCGGACGUGGUCCAGGAGAUCCAGGAGAUGAAGGAUGAGAGUGUUCGGAUGUCACAGGAGAAGCAGGUGACCGUGCUGGAACUCUUCAGGUCACCCAACUACUUCCAGCCGCUUCUCAUCUCCGUUGUCCUCCAGCUGUCUCAGCAGCUCUCCGGGAUCAAUGCUGUGUUCUAUUACUCAACAGGAAUCUUCAAGGAUGCCGGUGUCCAGGAACCGAUCUAUGCCACGAUUGGAGCAGGCGUGGUUAAUACUAUCUUCACUGUAGUUUCCCUGUUCCUGGUGGAGAGGGCAGGGAGGAGAACCCUGCAUAUGAUAGGCCUGGGAGGCAUGGCUGUUUGCUCCAUUUUCAUGACCAUUUCUCUGGUACUAAAGGAUGACUAUGAAGCCAUGAGCUUUGUCUGUAUUGUGGCUAUCUUGGUCUACGUAGCCUUCUUUGAGAUUGGACCUGGCCCCAUUCCCUGGUUUAUUGUGGCUGAGCUCUUCAGCCAGGGCCCCCGCCCAGCUGCCGUUGCGGUGGCUGGCUGUUGUAACUGGACUUCCAACUUUCUGGUUGGAAUGCUCUUCCCCUCAGCUGCAGCCUACUUGGGAGCCUACGUUUUUAUCAUCUUCGCUGCCUUCCUCGUUUUCUUCCUAAUCUUCACCUUCUUCAAAGUCCCGGAGACCAAAGGCAGGACUUUCGAGGAUAUUGCCCGGGCCUUCGAGGGGCAGGCGCAGUCUGGAAAAGGCCCUGCUGGUGUGGAGUUGAACAGCAUGCAACCGAUCAAGGAGACCCCUGGCAACGCCUGAUCUGGGACCACCUCCUUCACCUCCCUCCACUGUGGAAAGCCACCUCCCCUUAAGUGGGGAGACCUCAUCAGGAUGAACCAGGACUGCUUCUGAGCGCUGCUAUUCUCACCCCACACACUCCAUGAAAACUCAGCUGCACCCAAUGCUGGGGUUUGACCAGAUCGCCAAUGGCUUUUAAGUGUUUGAUUUGGGGGAUACUUCUCUUGUAAUCAGGAAAGACCAAGGAAGCCUACCUUUAUAUCGGGAGGGAAGGGGCCGCAGCUCCCCUUAGGUUCUAAAACCCGCUAACUAGGACAACUAGGGAGUAGGAGUGGGGUGCAGCACCGCCCCCACCACCACCUUAGCUUGCCAGGAAACAGAUCUUCAUACCCAGUGUGGAGGGCCCUGGGGGAUUGAACAAAAGACCCCCUCCUCACUUGAUACAGCUCUGCACAGCAAAGUAACUUGAGUUUUAUUUAUUUUAUCUUCAGGUUGGAUUGCAUAAAUAUUUAUUUUUUUAAUUGUAAUUUUACCAAAUAAUGAGACAGUAACGAAAUUGAGGUUGGAGGGAGGUGUUUACAGAGAGGUUCAGGAGAAAAGAAAGUUUGGUGCUGGAGAGAGGGUACAACAGGGAGGAUGGAUGUUACUGGUGGCCUGUGAGUCACUUCCUUUGUAGACGAAGGGACACUGUCCCUUGUUAUUUCUCAGAAGAGCGAGUGCCUGUACUAAAAGGCUCAUGGCUUUCUGUGGGCCUUUUCUUUUAAGAUUAUAGUUUUUAUGUAGUGUUACUAAAAUCUAGGCUUGUUACUAAAGUGGUCUUUGUAGUUAGUGAUAUUGAUGGAUUUUUAUGUUGCAUGGAGUCCAGACAAGGGAGGGGUCACCGCAAGCCUCUCCUUUCCCUGGACCAACACCCUCUCUGUCCUGUGAGCUCGCUUUUUCUUUUCUGACGGUCACUCCCAUUACNGGUCACUCCCAUUACCAAACGGGUGGGCGGGCGAGCGAGCGAGCCGUGUGGAUGAGUAGUUGUUGAGAGGCAUUUAUUUUUAAGAGAUUUUAGGUGUUGAUUUGUUUCAUUUUGGUUUAAAGGGAUUCAUAGCUAACUUGGAUUUUGUUACCUCAGCUCUGGGAGAGGAUUUUCGCUGGAUGACUAUUAAUGACUUGUUUUGAGGGAGUACAUUUGUUGCUCUGGCGUUGUGGCAUGCUAGCCUAUGUCUGUUACAGUCUCAGGCUGCCCUUGUUUCCAGGUUCCUGUGCUAUUGUGCUACAUGCCCAAGGGGCCUUGGCUCUGCUACACACAUUAGAGACAGUGACUGAAUGCGCAGUGUGGUCCACGCAUGAGGGCACGAAUGUCUGUGCACUGUCACUUUGCUCUGGGCGUGAAGUCCCUGGUCCCUUGGCUCCUGUAGGUUUUUAAUUGAUCGACUAUUGGAACUCAACCCUGUGUACAGAAGCAGCACUGCCUCUGCUAGGUGNAGCUUGCGCCCAGGAUUAGAUGCCACCAAUUGGGUUCCCUGUCCCUGUUGGAGAGAGGUGCUUCCUUGAGGUCUGAAGUUGGAAGGCUCUACCUCACUACAGCUAGCUAGGAGGCGCAAUGGAAAGGUGUGAGGUCAGGACUGUGGCUCCUGAAGACCCAGUUGUGAGCCAAGGGUGGCUUUAUUUAAAGGGAGUUAAGAAACAUGGCAUAUUGGUAUGUUAUCACCAAGAUUCCCCUCUGCCAUAGGUCACAGACACCUUCCCAACUGUCCCCUCCUCCACUUCCAUAAAUGGAGACAACCCUGAUGGGCCUCACCCUUUUUCCACAGGUCACUGGAUCCCACUGUCACCCUCGGUGCUUACACAUAUCAGACCCUUUAGGCAAACCCUUGCAUAGAGUGGUAGAGCCAUAUCUCAGUGCUUGGUUUCAGUAUUCAGCUCUCCACUCCCUGUGGCCAGUUUGGAUUUAAGAACUCAGAUUGCUAUGGAAAGGGGCUUUGCUGGGAAAGGGGACUCCUAACUUCACCUCUUCAGUUCCUCCGGUGGAGUUUUUACAUUUGCCAAUGGCCAUCUUGUGAAUAUCUUCAUACAUACUUUCUAUUAAUGUUACUGUAGUUUCUGUUUUGAAAUAAAACUUCUGAAUGUAUGUGUCAUGUCACAA